UGAAGUGCUUUUUCGCGGUGUAUCCAAAUAUACACGCAACAUUACUUAGUGUAUGGAUUCGCUACAAGUUAAGUUUCCUGAGAGUUCUACAGAUGUACCUGCGGAUUAUAAACAUCAUACUAUGACCCCAAUAUGCACGGGAACAUCUGUUAUUGGCAUUAAAUAUCGGGAUGGGGUUGUUCUAGCUGCUGAUAUGUUAGUUUCAUAUGGCUCCUUAGCCAAAUACAUGGAUUUCGAACGCAUGUUUCAAGUAAAUCAAAGCACAGUUAUGUGCUGCAGUGGUGAUGUGGCAGAUUUCCAAUUCCUCAAACAUCAUAUUCAAGAGCUAACUCAUCAAGAUAGCCUCCUUUCCGACGGCUUUAAUCUGAGCCCUCAUGCUCUUCACAGCUGGAUCACACGUAUUCUUUAUAAUCGUCGAAGUCGUUUGCAACCGUUAUGGAACACCUACAUAGUUGGAGGUUUAGAAGCAAAUGGCGAGCCGUUCGUUGGAUAUUGUAAUAUGCUUGGUGUUUCAUUUAGUGAAAAUUAUGUUGCAACUGGAUUUGGUGCAUACUUUGCAAUUCCUAUUCUUAGAGAAUGUUUAGAAAUAAGAGCAAACGAAGAUCCAAAAAAUAUCACAGAAGAAGAUGCUAUCGCUACAAUAACAAGUGCAAUGAAGCAGUUAUACUUACGAGAUUGCCGUGCAUUCGAUACUUAUCAAUUAGCUAUUGUAAAUAAAGAAGGCGUACACAUUAAUGGUCCAUUACGUUUGAAAUGUGAUUGGUCUAUUGCUGAAUAUGUGAAAGGCUAUGAUUAGAAUAUAAAUAGUUGUUUAUCCCCUAACAAAAUGAAAUAAAAGAACAAAUUUUUUUUAAAAAUAUAAAUCAAUAUAUUUUUCAGUUCGAUCA